GAGGUGCCCUACCCGGCCGAGACGGGCGCCAGCUGUUCGGCCUGGGACGAGAAGAAUCACCCGGACUGCCAGGGAGCGAAGCCUGCGGCGUGGUGCAAAAAGGCCUGGUGCUACGUGGAUCCUUGCGAAUGUUCAUUGGUCGUGCCUCCCAAGACCUCCGCGUACCUGCCCAAGGGUGUUGGCAACGGGAAACCGAUCUACUUCUCCUAUGCCGCCUGCGGAGCUGAUGAUGAAUACACCGCGGGCAACGAGGAGGCCUGCGUGAACCAGGAGGUGGAAACCAACUGCAGCAAGUUGGAGAAGUGCGCAUGGGACGUCAAGCAAUGCCUGGGCAAGGAGUUGGUGCAGCUCUGCAGCAGCGCCCAAAGCUGGGCUUCCGGCUUCGCUGUUGUCACCGCCGCCUUCGGCUGGUCCGGCAGGGAACACUGGGCGCGGAUGGUCGCGGUUGAGGACGACGAGGACGACGAGGACGACAAGGACGACAAGGAUGACAAGGAGGACGAGGAGGAGGAGACAAGGUUGUACGAUCACAAUAUGGUACUGAGAACUUUGGCUGACGCCAUUUUUCAGCUCCAGCUGGUGUGUUUCUGUGCGAGCGAUACGGAUGCGGCCGGGGAGGCUUUUACCGUCUUCAACCGCGCGGUACUGUGGAUUGUCCAAAGCCCGGAGCAGGAGGAUGACGAGGUUCUCUCCAAGAUGGAAGAAAAGGAAAGUGUCCUCGAGUUCCUGGCAGACUUUCAUGAUCGGAGGCCGAAGCAUCGCGCGAGAAUCACCCAGCUCUGCGUGCGCUUAUUGGAGUUCGAAACCUGGCGUGAGGCCUUGGCUUCCAGCAAUCCAUCUGUCGCCGCGACCCUGCACGCCUUGACGGGUCUCUCCGCACCGGUGCGCGCGUCCACAGCGGUGAAUCUGGAAACGGCCGCAGAGCUGGCAGCAUCCAGGGGUUGCAUCGGUGCCUUAUACCUUCGCAUCGUGUCAGCGAAGGCGCUGCCGAAGGAUGGCGCGGCGCCCUUCGUCCGCGCCCGCCUGGGCGGCGCGUCCGGCGCCGGCGCCGCCGCGCAACGCACUGAGACGGCCGCGGGCGUCGCACCGCGCUGGGACGGCACGCCCUUCGUCUUUGAGGUGCCCAACCCUGACGCUUCGAUCACCAUGGAGGUGCUGAGCAGCGAUGAGACGGGCGACGAUCUCUUGGGAUCCGCCAGUUUCAAGGUUUUAGAGAAGGCACCCGAGUCUUCAAAGAUGCCGAAGUUGAUUAGCCUUUCUCUCAGUGCAGGCGGUUCUCUGGACUUCGAGAUCCUCUUUCGGGCGGCCAAGAGCGGAGGCUAUGCUCCCCGCGGCACCCAGAGCGUGGUCGCCGGCCUCACCGCGGCGCUCUGGGAUUUGGAGAACGCCAAGGUCGAAGACGGUUGGAUUGUUUCCGGCGUCAAGGGCGGCGCGAGCGGUGUGGGCGGUUUGGCGUGUCCUGCUGGUCAUCCUAUUGAUAAACGGAAGGAGGGCAUGUCGUGGCGCCAAAGUUUCCUCCAAGGGGAGACCAAGCUCUGCAAUUUCUGCCGCUCCGAGAUCCAACGCCACGAGACCCGCUGGCGCUGCUUCCAUCACUGCGACUUCAACGUCUGUGAGAAGUGCUACCGGGAGAAAGCGGCCCAGUGAAGCGGAAAAAA